UUCGCAAGUGGAGAUGCUGCCGCGCGUCUGCGAGGGCGCCCGUGAUGUGCGCCUGCGGAGCGGCUGAAUCUGCCCGUUGCUGGAGACAUUGCGAGGAGACAGAAACAACUUCCGAGACGCGCAGACCGAAGCUGCUGUGCGGGGGGAUCAUUUCACUGUAGGAAGAAGAAGACGAAGAAGAAGAAGAAGAAGAAGAAAAACGCGUUUUGCCUCCAUAUCUGGCUUCGUGGCGCAGGGACCGGAGAGCCCGAGGUUAACUUUGAGCUUUCAUUUCGUCUGACCGGCUGUGGGGGGAGAGAAGAAAACAGGCGUCGUGUUUAGCAGCGACUCACUGUAAAUAUUGCAUUCCAUUAAACUUUUCACUUGACUUUGUGAAAGCUUCCCCGUGAUCGCUGUGCGCAUGAGACGGGUGGAUUAUGUGCGCGUCUCCAAACGAGGACGCACGGGAGAGAAGUGUCCAGAUUCUUGACUCUGAACCAGUUUCUCCCGGUAUUAUUUUGUCACCUCACUGUACACAACCCCGGAAUUAGAUUACUAUCAAUUAAGGCGAAGUCGGCAUAACAAUUAAUCAGCUGGGAAACCAGAUCAAUCCUUUGCGCGUUACAGUCGUUUUAGCUCCUCUGGCUACAGAGGCUGACGCACAGCAGGCAGCGUCACAGCAUUCCUUCUGGGGGGUUUUUUGUGGGUGGAAAUCUGUUCUACGAAGUGACGAGGUGUUCAAAUUGAAAGGCACUGAUCUGUGUCUUGACGCACCGCCCAGGACUGUUUGUAUGCUUAAAAUGGACUUGGAAGUUCCUCCGUGGAGGAUGCAAGGGAGCUAACAUUUGGAACAACAGACAGAGACAAAACGAGAACACCUGAGACUCCUGGAAAACUGGUUCCAGCAUGGCCUCGGUUCUGGACAGCAGCUGCUCCAUGGAGCUGAGUGGUUGGAACAGUAGUGCGAGCGGCUCGGGAGCCUCCGUCCCCUGCAACCAGAGCGUUCUGAAUCUCGCCCCUUACUCCCCUGAAGCCACGGCGGUCUUCGCCACGGCCAUAACCUUAAUGGUAAUCUUCACCAUCGUGGGGAACAUCAUGGUCAUCAUCGCUGUCCUGACCAGCCGGGCCCUCCGAGGUCCGCAGAAUCUGUUCUUAGUGUCGCUGGCUGCUGCAGACAUUUUGGUGGCCACGCUCAUCAUCCCCUUUUCUCUGGCCAACGAACUCCUUGGUUACUGGUACUUUAAGUCUCUGUGGUGCGAGAUCUACUUGGCGCUGGAUGUGCUGUUCUGCACCUCCUCCAUUGCGCACCUGUGCGCUAUCUCACUGGACCGCUACCUCUCCAUUUCCAGGGUUACUUACGGGCGUCAGCGGACUCCCAAACGCAUCAAAGCCGCUAUUGUGGUGGUGUGGCUCAUCUCUGCCGUCAUCUCCUUCCCCCCACUGCUCUCACUGAACAAAAGCGAGGCAGGGGAGCUGGGGACUGACAGAGGACCACAGUGCCAGCUGAAUGACGAACGCUGGUACAUCCUUUAUUCAACCAUCGGCUCCUUCUUCGCGCCGUGCGUAAUCAUGAUCCUGGUCUACGUAAGAAUCUACCAAAUAGCCAAGCAGAGAACGCGAUGCCCACCAGGAGAGCCCAGGAAGGAGGGUGUCGGCUGUGCCACGCCGAGUAAUCCACGACAUGUACAGGCCAAUGGGAAUGAUGAUGAAGAAAGCACACCUCCUUCAACCAAAAAAACCUCUAAUGCCAGACCCCCCACCCUUGCCAUCGCCCCGUCUUCAUCGCAAGGUGAGCCUGAAACCCUCCAGAAUCCCUCAUCCAAUAAUCUCCUGCAACCUCCCCCGACUUCUACAGCCAUGACCCCUAUUACAACCUCCCUUGAUACCACUUCCCACGGCCCCGCAUCCCCUUCCUCUGUGCCUCAGUCCGCCCCUGCCAAGACCAAAGAGAAGGUGAAGAAGGGCAAGCGGCAGGGAGGGAAAAAGGCUGACAAUAACAAUGGCGACAGCUCCAGCACAGAUAGCGAUAUGGAGCACAGCCAUGGAGGAGGUCGAGGCAGCCCCAGCAUGCCAGGGUCACCUGCCGGAGGAGGCCUCCACUCCCCAGCCUCAGUCAAGCGGUACCGGGACAUGCUCGCCACGUCAAAAGGGGCUCGGCUGGCACCAGGGAGGAAGUCAAAAACAGACAACAACCCUGGAGCAGCAAGGCGUAAAGCGAUGGUCAACAGAGAGAAACGUUUCACCUUUGUCCUGGCAGUGGUCAUCGGUGUCUUUAUGGUGUGCUGGUUCCCGUUCUUCUUUUCCUACUCUCUACAGGCAGUGUGUCCGGAGACCUGCUCCAUCCCGGACCCACUAUUUAAGUUUUUCUUCUGGAUUGGCUACUGCAACUCCUCACUCAACCCAGUCAUUUACACCAUCUUCAACAAAGAAUUCAGACAGGCCUUCAAAAAGAUACUCUGCAGUGGCACCAAGGGUACUUUCUUUUAGCAAGCAAAGCUGCUCUAUUGGACAUGGAGAUUAAAAAAAAAAAAGAAAUUGCCAAUUUCUGACGCACAAAGAAAAACCCCACAAUCAUUUCCAUUUCUUGGAACUCUGAAAGGGCUGUUUUAGAAAAAAAUAAGUCAAACUAUGGAAAUAGCAUAAAAUUCAGAACUGAGUGCCACUCUUUUACAGUCACAGUGUGUGCGAAAAGGCAACCUGGACUGUGAAAUCCCCGCUCGCAGCUAAAACACACACAUUUAACAGGGUGUGGCUGAGAACAGGACAUGGAAUAGAGGCAGAGGUAGACUAUGAUAAACUGCUCACCGUCUCAGUGUUGCUGACAACAUUCUGAAUGUAAAGUUUUAUCACUAUCUCUAGAUCACAUUGUAUAAUGGUAUAUGAGAAAGAGCGCUGUAAUAUUAUAAAAGAAACACACAAACACACACACACACACACAGAGACACACACACAAUUAAACUGAUCUAAGGUCUCGGAGAAAGCAGGAAACCGAUUGAGAAUCUCCUCAAGAAUAAGAACGCAAACUGUUUUAUAAAUAAUAUAUAUAUGUUUUUUUUGUAGUUAUUAAGGACUCCAGGACUACUGGGGAAAGAAAACUGGUAAAAAAAAAAGAAGAAAAAAAAAGAAGUGACCUUAGCUUCCUAUGAGCCUAAGGCCUUUUAUUUAUCAAUACAGAGCACAAGGAUCACACAAGGUUAGUGGUGAUUUCUUACAUCUGCAGUCUUAAUUUGUGCAGCUGCGGGGCAAGCAUGUGUUUCCCGAUUUUUAUCUAAAAGCGCAGCAUCACGCAAAGGUUUCUGAUGAUCUCAAAGGUAAUAGCACAAACAAGGGCAGCCUUUCUUAGUGAAGAAAAGCCCCCUUGUCAGACACCACGCUCUUGGCUUGGCACUGGGUCAAAAAGGACACUCUCAACUUAUCGCCUAUCAGGUCACUGAAGUGAGCUGAAGUGUGGGGGACUUUUGGACUAAUAAGAAAGCCACAUGUAAGUUAUUGAGGUGUAAAAGUAAGACAGUGUGACCCCCCCCCCCCC